AUGCAAAAAUCCGACCAUCACCAGUGGCCAUCCAAUCUUAGAUUCGGAUCAAAGAAGGGUUGGUGCCUUCAUGUCAUGACCGCGGAUGCCUGGAAUAUCUCAUACAAAGCCGCUGUAGAAGGUAUUGUCCUACUGAAGAACGACGGAACCUUGCCUCUCGCCAAGUCGGUCCGCAGUGUUGCAUUGAUCGGCCCCUGGAUGAUGGGCGGCGGCCAAGUCGACUCCUCCUCGCUCAAGUCCAACAAGAAUACAAUCAUUACCGGCAAGCGCGCCCCCGCAGGCCGACUCGUGGUCACCCAGUACCCGGCCGAAUACGCAACCCAAUUCCCAGCCACCGACAUGAACCUGCGGCCUCUCGGCAAUAAUCCCGGCCAGACCUACAUGUGGUACACCGGCACACCCGUCUACGAGUUCGGCCACGGGCUCUUCUACACGACCUUCAGCGCCUCCCUCACUGGCACAGGCAAGAACAAGACCUCCUUCAACAUCCAAGACCUCCUCACGCAGCCGCAUCCGGGCUUCGCAAACGUCGAGCAAAUGCCUUUCCUCAACUUCACGGUGAAGAUCGCCAACACCGGCAAGGUCGCUUCCGACUACACUGCUAUGCUCUUCGCUAACACCACCGCGGGACCUGCUCCAUACCCAAACAAGUGGCUUGUCGGUUUCGACCGGCUGUCGAGGCUGGGACCGCACAGUUCAAAGACUAUGACGAUCCCCGUGACGAUCGACAGCGUGGCUCGUACGGAUGAAGCCGGCAAUCGGGUCCUCUACCCGGGGAAGUACGAGCUGGCGCUGAAUAAUGAGCGGUCGGUUGUCCUUCGGUUUGGGCUGACGGGCAGAGAGGCUGUGAUUUUCAGGUGGCCUGUAGAGGAGCAGCAGAUUUCCUCUGCAUGA